CCCCCCUUCCCCAAAGAAAAAAUUCUAUAUCAAGUAUAGAUUAAAAAGAAAAGAAGGGGAAAGAGAAAGCACAGAGAGAAGAAAAAGCACAUUUAUAUUGAGUUAUAUUGCCUCUGCAUUUUCUCACCAAUGCAGAAUCUGUGUGGUUAAUAUGAAAGCAUUACAUUCUACAAUGGAAAAACUGUCAUCAUCUUCUUCAUAUCAUCUUCUUUUACUGAUGCUAUUCCUUGCUGUUCAUCCUUCAACUCAGCUGCAACCUUCCCAAUACCAGGUCCUCCUGCAAAUCCAGCAGCUCUUCAACUUCCCUUCAAAUUUAAGCAAUACCACAGAUUUUUGCAGCAUGGAACCAACCCCAUCUCUAAUCUUAUCUUGCUAUGAAGAUUAUAUAACCCAGCUCCACAUUACAGGCAAUAAUGGCGACUCUGAAGUUUCUAAAAUGUUACUGCCUGAAAGUUUCUCCACUGAUUCUUUCUUUAGUCUUCUUGCUUCUCUCUCAACCUUGAAAGUUCUCUCUUUGCCUUCUCUUGGUUUCAGAGGCCCACUGCCUGCAAGUCUUGCCAACUUAUCUUCACUGGAAAUACUCAAUGUAAGUUCAAACUACUUCAAUGGCCCCAUUCCUCAUCAGCUUUCUAAUUUAAAGAAUCUACAGACCUUGAUUCUUGACCACAAUGAGUUCACUGGUCAAGUUCCUGACUGGCUUAGCUCCCUUCCUUCUUUGGCUGUUUUGAGUCUGAAAAACAAUUUGCUUGCUGGGUCCCUGCCAAAUUCCAUGACAAAGUUGGAAAAUCUCCGAGUCCUUGAUGUUUCAAAUAAUGGAUUAACAGGAGAAGUGCCUGACCUUCACAACUUGACAAAUCUGCAGGUUCUUGAUUUAUAUGAUAAUGGUUUUGGACCUCAUUUCCCUAUUUUGCACAACAAAUUGGUGACUCUUUCUAUUAGAAAUAACAGCUUUGGGUUUGGUAUUCCAUCAGAGUUAGGGUCUUAUUAUCAGCUGAAGAAGCUGGAUAUUUCUUUGAAUGGGUUUGUUGGGCCAUUCUUGCCAUCUUUGUUCUCUCUACCUUCACUUACUCAUCUUGAUAUUUCUGGAAAUAAACUCACAGGAAUGCUCUUUGAAAACAUGUCCUGCAAUUCUCAACUCAGUUUUAUAAAUUUAUCAUCAAAUCUUCUCACCGGGGAGCUGCCAUCUUGUCUGAAAUCAACUGAUUCUUUGGGAAAGAUGGAUGUUGUGUAUGGUAAAAACUGUUUAUGGAAUGAAGAACAGGAGCAGAAUCCUCCUAGUUUUUGCCACAAGGAAGCUCUUGCAGUGGAGAUUUUGCCUCAUGAUCGGAAGCGCACUGGAAAACCAGUUCUUGCAUCAAGUAUGCUGGGAGGGACUAUUGGAGUAAUUGCAGUUGUUUGUUUAAUCUUCUUGGCUGUCAAAAAGAGAGGGAAGCAGUUUUGGAGGAAUUGCAGUCAUGUUAAGGGUGGUGUAAAAGUAACUUCCACAAGGUUAAUAUUGGAGAAAGUGUCAGCCAUAAACACAGCCAAGUUGCUCACUGAUGCCAGGUGUAUAUCACAGACAAUGAAGUUGGGAGCAAGCCUUCCUGCUUAUAGAACCUUUGCUCUAGAAGAGCUUAAAGAGGCUACAAAAAACUUCGAUGCUUCAAGUCUACUUAGAAAAGGUGCAAAUCAUGAGAGCUACAGAGGAAAGCUAAGUGAUGGAAGUUUAGUUGUCAUCAGAAAACUGAAAAUGAUUAAAAAGCGGAAUCCUUACAUGUACACCAGCCAUAUUGAAAAGAUUUCGAAGCUCAGAUACAACCAUUUGGUUAGUUCACUUGGACAUUGCUUUGAGUGCCUUCCAGAUGAUUCAGGAGUCAGCAACAUAUAUCUUAUUUUUGAGUUUGUCCCAAAUGGGACACUAAGAGACUGGACAUCUGGAGGAGGAUUCCAAGGACCAAAAUUUUCAUGGAAGCAAAGGAUAGCUGCUGCAAUUGAAGUUGCAAAGGGUGUCCAGUUCCUGCAUACAGGGCUUUUGCCAGGUGUAUUUUCAAAUAAUAUGAAGAUAACAGAUGUUCUGUUGGAUCAAAAUCUACAUGUAAAGAUCAGUAGCUAUAACCUUCCUCUUUUCGCGGGCAAUGGAGAAAUGGCAGUUGCAGCACCAAAAACAAGCCUUCGAGAAAGGUUCACCGUAGGGAAAGAUGACGAUGAUGAUAAGAAAGAUGUGUUUGACAUAGGAGUUAUCUUGCUUGAAAUCAUUGUGGGGAGGCCAAUCAUGUCCCAAAAUGAAGUUGUUGUGAUGAAAGAUCUUUUGCAGGUGGGCAUGAGUGCGGAUGCAACAGCACGGAGAAGUAUCAUUGAUCCAGCAAUGGUGAAGGAGUGCUCGGAUGAAUCGCUGAAGGUAGUGAUGGAGAUAUGCAUAGGGUGUGUUAAUGGUAAGGCAGGUGAUAGGCCUUCUGUUGAAGAUAUUGUUUGGAAUCUCCAGUUUGCAGCACAAGUUGAGGAUUCAUGGAGGGGUGACCACCAUAACAAUAUUCAACAUUCACCUGUCUCAUGUUUCUCUUCCCAAGAAGUGUAAUUUUCCUAGCUACUUUAUAAAUAGUACUUAUAAUCUCAAUUGAAUAGCAGUAGUGUAUAAGGUUAACUCACA